CUUGCAAAAAUUACUCUGUCUCCACGAUCUAUCCAUCUUCCCCCAACGCUCAUAUACUCACAGUAAAAAAAAACACACUCACACUCACACUCACACACAUCCAAAUCUAUACAUACAACAAUCAUGUAUCUAAAGCUUCCCCCUAUACUCACAACCCUUUUCCUUCUAAUCAUCAUCAUCAUCAUCAUCUUUACCACCGCCGUCUCCGCCGCGUCACAAACUCAACCCGCCGGCGUGGCACUCAACCUAUGGUGUGUUGCAAAAAACAACGCCGAAGAUUCCGCACUUCAAUCUGCCAUCGAUUGGGCAUGUGGGACCGGCGGGGCUGACUGUACACCCAUUCAGCAAGGUGGGCCUUGUUAUGAUGCGGCUGAUGUUAGGAAAACGGCGUCGUAUGCGUUUAAUAGUUAUUGUACUAAAAAUGGUAUGACUGAAGAUACUUGUAACUUUGCCAAUACUGCUGCUUUGACUUCCCUUGACCCAAGUCAUAGCGGUUGCAAAUUCCCAUCAAGUUUGGAAGGGAAGAAUACACUAGGAGCUACAGCAACAGGGGGAGGGACAUCAACUGCAGAUAUUACAAGUAAAGGAGUUAAUAUCGCAUUAUAUAGUGAUAUGUGGCUAUGGUGUUUGUAUUUUGUUAUAUUUUCUUGGUUAAAUUUUGUUUAGAUGAUCUGUCAUUUUACUUCUUAAUUUUUCCUCUUGGUGGAGUCAAAAUGAGUUAGUUUGGCAAAGCUAGAAGGGUGUAUUGUAAGAUUUUUAUUUAAUCAUAUGGUUUGUGAUCCUUCAGUUUAGCUAA